AUAACGGUUUGCAUAUCAAUCUCCCGAUUAGAGAACACCCUGUGGAGUGGCUGCAUUCGCCUGCGAGUUGAGCCAUCGUACCCCACGGUUAGACACAAAAGGAACUCACCAAGUAGUUAACAGAGGAAGCUACAAAUACAGUCCUGAGGAGCAUCAGAACAUUUAGUUUUUUCCCCUGGAGGCCACUCCUGCCUAUUUCUUUGAAAGUACACCGACGUGCCACGACCCUGACUCAACGGUCCGCCGGGCGACACCAGUGGAGCAAAAAAUGUUAUCUUGGACGCAGGCGGUCCUCGUGUGGCUCGCCAUGGUGAGCGGAGCGGUGCUGGGCACGGUGGAACAGGAGCUGUCCCCGGAGUGCAGGAGGUUCCUGUACAAGGGCACCCCGCCGACGGGCCUGGAGCGCCGCUCCCUGAGGAACAUAUGUCAGCGGUACAACCAGAAGGCUCGCUACUUGACCCUGUACGACACGGAGGGACACAUCCCCGUCUACUCCGCCUACACCUUCAAGCGCUCCGAGGGCAACAGCCAAAACGACGUCCCGUGGAUGUACGAGCCGCAGCUCUCGUUGCUCACCGAAACCGGGGAGAUGCAGCCCUUCCCGCGCAGAUACACGCCCAUGAACUUCGAGGACGCCCAGGCGGUGCUGGAGGACUACACCAACGCCAUCCUGUACGAGCGAGGCGCCCUGAACCCCAACGCGCACCAGGCGCAGCCCGACGACAAGGCGGCCACCUACACCCUGACCAACGUGGUGCCCCAGACCUGGGAGUUCAGCGCGCAGGCCUGGAAGCCCCAGGAGCAGGUGAUCCGGAAGCGACUGAACAACUACUGCCACGGCACGGCCUACGUGGUGACGGGGGUGAUCACGUCAGGGAGGAUGAUCCGCCGGCAGAAUAUCAACCGAGUGGCGGUGCCCGCGUACAUGUGGUCGGCGUACUGCUGCGUCGACUACGACCGCAACGCGCCGUUCAACGAGCGCUACCGCUUCCCCGUGUUCGGCCACUACGGGAUCAACGACCGGGAGGGCGGCGAGGUGGUGGAGCUCUCCGUCCAGAAGCUGGAGGAGUUCAUCAAGAAGACAACCUUUGUGGAGAAGAACUUUCAGAUCUUCACGGACGGCUGCGUCGCACCUGCUAUACAGUUGGCGGAAAAUUAAAGGGCGCGCUAUCUUUCAACAAUGUCGCCUUUAGUGAUUUGAUUGUAAAAUACCGUUUGAAUGUAUUUGGUGGCCUUCAAACUCCUGAAAAUGCUUGACAACUGGACGUUAAUAAAUAGUCUCUUCUGGCUGUUU